AUGGACAGUGCCCGAGUCAGACAUCGCAUCCUUGGUUCACAAAAGGAGUGCUCUCCGUUCAAAAACCUCCAUGCCUAUGUACUAAUUCCAUAUCUUUUUUCAUCCUCCGAAUUUGGUUUCAUCAUUUAUUUACCAUCUUGUCCGUUGUCCUAUUCACCGGAUGUAAAUAACUCACGUGACUCAAAAUCCUCAAAACUUGUUGAAAUGAAAGUGGUCUUUCGACGGGAAAGCUCUGUUCGGAACGUUUUCAACAAUGGUCGACGUGGAGGGCCAUUGGAAGACGUAGGUUGA